AUGGGCGGCUCCAAAGCUGGUGGCUCGAUGCCCCUACCGCGCAUCUGCGGCUUUGAUGAAGGCUUCUUCUUCGCACACAAGCUCACACUGGAUGAUGAGCACAGGAUGUUCUCUAUGCUCGGCAGCAAGCGGUUUCAAAAAGGCAACCGCGCCGCUCGCUGCUACGCAAACUUGGUCGUGCUCUUCCGCCUGCUGCUGUUCCACAGUCCGUUGAUAGACGAUGCCCGUUUCUGGGGUUGGAUUGCCACGGAUUGGGGCAUCGUGGACGGGAACCGAGCCCUGGUGAGCGAAAUUGCCAAUUUCUAUUCGGACGCUCGCUAUGCAGAGCUCCUCGGUCGCAGCGAGCAGAAGCGACUCUCGCUUCUCGUGCGUCUUGUGGACGAAUGGCUGCUAAUCCGGCCGCGACCGGAGAUAUCAUUCUCGAAGACGAUUGACGAUGCCAGGAUUCACGCUACUCGAUCGGCGUGGCUCAAUAUUCGCGACCACCAUGUCGACAUGCUCAUGGACGCAAAGCUGCCGGGUUGUCUCGCUGGCGUCGAGCUUCCUGCCAAAAUUGUCACUUCUCUCUGGGAGACGGACCCAGAGGUAGCUGCACUACUCAAAGAGAUGAAAACCACCCGCAGACCGAAAACUUUUGCCAACAAAUUCAAGCCGCCCCAAACAGAGAAUGCCCACCCUCAUUCUACCAGCUCAGAAGGCCAAAGAAAACGAAAAGUCUCCUUGUCGGAGGGUGAAAUUGACGAGGACCAUCCAUAUAAACGAAACCAGUUUGUCCGGGGAGACCACGUCUUAGAGACUUACCCGGCUGAGUCUGGCGAGACUUUCGACUUGCUCGACUUCACAGCCGCAGCGCGUCGCGCACCACUUCCAUCCUAUGAGCAGUUCCAGCAGCCCGUGUCGACGAAGCCCUCACCAGCGCAUGAGCCUGCUGAGCAAUUCUUAUCCAAGUCUGCACCAGCAUCUGUCCAGUCCACAUUGUCUCAAGGGGCCAGCGGGGGCCGCAUCAACGACAAUUCUGCUGUUACAUCGAAUCAGCGCGAGGAGCUCAAUGCGCAGCUGCGAAGAGUGGCAAGCCAGACGAAGCGUCGUCGAGAUGAACUCCACACGCGUGUGGAAGCAGAAACGACGGGUUACGUGCCCUUGCCGAGCCACCCUGACGGCAACGGCAGCCCGAUCCUCGAAGUGGGCGGCGGUCUCUUGGCGUCGGAGAGGGAGAUGUAUGAGUCGCGGCUGCACGAGAUGGAAGAGAGAAUGGAGGUGCUCGAGAGAGCGCUCCAGCAUGAGUCGAGCUGGGCCAGGGCAAUGGGCCAGUUUCUGUAUGACGCCAACGGCAAGUCAGUCCGAUCCUUGCAGGAUGUUUUUUCCGCGAUUGAUGCUCUGCAGAAGACGUCGUCGGCUUUGCUGGACAAGACCCAGCAGGGCGAAGAAUGA